AGAGGUUACCAAAAUGCCUUGUUCUGCGGUGACGCUGUCUCUCGCGACCAUAACCGGUAUCAUUGCCACUGGCCUCUUGGCAAUCGCCUUUUCUACAGACAACUGGCUCUACACCGAGGUUAAACGCGCCCAAAUCCAGCAAUAUGCAGCCAAGCAUGCUGAACAGAAUCACUUAGUGGAGCAAAUGAAUACAAAAUACUAUUACUAUACAAGAACACAGGGUCUCUUCAGGAUAUGCUAUCCCAAAGAAAGACCACCGACUGUUCAAACCUAUCUAAGUCCUGUGGAGACACAUUGUAUGAACAUUAAUUACUUCAUCCCUGAUGAAGAAAAUCUAACGAGAGGCUUUUCCGACGACGCAAUGACUCGACUUCACAUGGGCAGAUCUGUGAUAGCUCUGUUUAUAGUGGGAUUUGUUGCAAUUUUUACGGCAUUCUGGACGGGAGUGGUAGGCUGUUGGAAGAGGUCACCAGGAAAUAUCACAGCCACUGCAAUUUUAAUGUUGCUAGCAUGCCUAUUAAGCGCUAGCGCAAUGGGUCUUUGGCACGGAGUGGAGUAUUACGAGAAAGAGAAAAUCGUCGGAGAAGAGUAUUAUCAACAAUGGAACAACGUUCUGAAGGACAACUCACUAAUCUCGUACGACUGGUCGUACGUGGUCGCUUGGGUCGGCGUCGGUUGGUCGUUGGUCAGCGCGAUCUUGUUUAGUGCCGCGGCGAUUUGCUUGAGGGGCGAGAGAAUGCGCGAGGAGGCGAUGAACAUGCAGUACCUCAUGCCUGUAUAUCCUCAAAAGCAACAAUACGCUUAUGCUGGUUAUCCGGCACCGGCGGCGUAUCCAGGACCUUAUUAUCACGGAUCGCAAUAUGGACCCUACAACUACUGAAGAAGAUCUGUAUCAUCUCUAUCAAUGGAGGAAAGAGUUUAGAGCGCGGAGUAUUCUGAAACGUGCUCAUAAUGAUUGAAUAAAACAUUAAAUAUACCUGGCAAACGAUGAUUCCCAUAGGGAAUAAUAAAAAAAAAAAAGAAAAAAAAUGAAACGAACAAAAAAUGAGGAUUCCUGGAGGUCGAUCGUAAAUUCCAAAUCGUACCUGCACGAAGGAAGAAACAGAAAAAGCAGAGAAGGACGACCUUGGGUCCCACCCUAGACAUAAUUUAUCACUUACUUUAAACGCCACGUUACGGACGUUCUGGUGCAUAUAUAUCCGUCUGGGUCCCACGAUCUUCCAUCUCUUUCAGUUUUCUCUUUCAGCAGGUGUCUGUUUUGGUAUGUGAUCGCUCGCAUGGGACUCGCGAAAAAGAGAGUUGCUCAAAAACAGUCCGCGUACUUAGAACUGAGAUGAUUAUAUAUAAUAUUAUUUUUUUCUAUCUAAAAUCUAAUAUUUGUACUACUUACUCUUUGUACGUGCUGAUCACGCUAGGACAAUAAUAAUAGUAAUGAUAAUAGUAAUAAUAAUAAUUACAUUUUGAGCGUGGGAGAGAUAUAUUUGACUAUAUAUAAAAUUGGCUAUAUGAUCUUUCUCAGGGGAAUGAGAAACGAUUUAUCGUUCGACGUUUAAUCGUAUAAUUAAUAACAGUAUCUCGAUGUCGAAUUUCUGAAAGUACUAUAUGACUUUAGAGGUUAACCGUCAAUUCUUAAAGUGCCUUACUUUCAGUUACCUUUUUUUUUAUUGUAAAUUGUAUUUUUAAAUAAUCUAUAUUUGAAUUUUAAUAAAAAAAAUUGUAAAUUAUUAUAAGCAGAAUAAUUAUGAAUAAAGAGAAAUCGGUAACUAAAAGUAAGAGUUAAUAAAUCGAGGAGAAAAUGUGUUAAAUGAAUAUUGAAAUUUUUAUUUAUGUUUUAAUAGAAAUUUCAAUCAUAAAAAAAAUUCGGCAAUAUGGUGCAAAAAAAAUAUUAAUUAGAUAUACAGAUCAAUUUAAACAGAAAAUAUAAAAUAGGUGCAUUUUAUCAUUCACAAAUAUCAUAUUUCAUAAUAAAAUUCGCAUCAUCGAUUCAUUAGACUUUCUAACAUAUAUAUAGAUCUUUUUUUUCUCAAUAACUAUAUGUAAAAUUUGUUGUUCCGGUAUCUUUACGUAUGGUAUUAAGAAGUAAUAAAAAUAUUCCAAUUACUUUAUACAUAUUUCUUAUAAGUAAAUAAAUUAAAUUAGAUUUAUUCCAAAUACUAUUUUUUACAAUUGUUAUAAUUAUAUUGUGAAACUUAGAUAAAUGAACUAAAAAAAUAAUAGUAUAAGUAUAACUGUUUGUUCAUGUACAUUCGGAAUCGUUCAUUGUUUCUAAAAACAAAUACUAUAAAGAGUUCUAACCCUGAAUAAAAGGUGCAACGUAUCAUUAAAAGUUGUUUAAUAUAUUUGAUACGUUAUAAACGUA